AAUAAUCUAUAUUCAGAACAAGGCAGGUAGCCAACAUUUGGCGUUUACAUUUUUUUGAUUUGUUUUCUUCAAAAAGCAAUUUUAAAAAUGUCCAUUCAAUGUUUUUCUGUUCUAUUGGGCCUGCACAUUAAUUACUUAUUUGCACAAUGGGCCUGUGGGCCUGUGGGCCUUUUCUGUUCUAUCGUGGGAACGUGGGUAAGUGGUACCACUACGUGGAAUCAUUGCCUGGCACCUACAUAAGGAGAAAAACCGGCCAGCGAAAUCCAAAGAAGCAGUUCCUGGGAUGGAUGCGGUUGGUUGUUUUUUCUGUCGUCAACCCCUGGAAAACUGUGGUCGCCGUUCUAACAGGCGUGCAGUUUCCUUCGAAGUUCAGAUGAUGCAGGGAUUUGAAAAUGGAGUGGCUGUGCCUUGCAAAUUCAAGGAGCAAGUUAGUAAGCUUGCAAGUUCAGAGAACUGGAUGGUGGCAAAAUGCCCAAUGAGGGUUUUUGACAUGUAUCUUGAGAAAGAUGGUACCACUACAACAAUUUGUGGUCCAUACUGGAGGUCCCUUGUGAGGUUGUAUGAUAUCCAACUUGGUGAUGUAGUUUCUUUCACCUACAUGGAAGAAGAGAACAGAUUCCAUCUCAAUGUAUACCAAAUUGUGAACACUGACAAGGUAGAGAAACCUUAUGUUAGAGAACAAGUUGUUUAUGAUGUAAUCCCAAGAAUCAGGAUGCAACUCCACAAGACAAUAUUCACAAACAUCAGAGCCAUCACUGAGGAGCAUAUGGCUGCCAUUACCUUUGGCCUGACCAAAGUUGUGUUGGCUGCUCCAAACCAGGAGCUUGAUGAAAAUGAGUUCUAUGAGAGUACAAAGGAGUUGCAGUUCUUUGCUCAUAUUUAUAAUGAGGAAAAUGUGCAAUUUGAUGCCCUGUACCUGAAUCCAAAACCAUUUAACCAUGUCGGCUCCCCUGUCAAUGGAUUUGCACACUUGUGGAAGAGGGACCUUGAAGAGCCUGUUGUAGCCUGGUACCACAUUGAAGGAGAUGAUCACAUUGCAAUUACCAUUGGGUGGGAUAACUUCAGGGAGCAAUCACAUAUUGUUGAAGGAACUCUCCUUCUGAUGAUUGCAACACCAAGGGCUGAAGCAAUUGUUCUGGACUUUGUGGAGAUCAUCAACCCAUGAAGUAUAGGGUCUAGUUGUUAAGUGGUCAUGUGUGACUUGCUGUUUAAUCUAUUUUCUACCAAUCUAUUGUGAUUUGAAAUGUUUAGACUACUGUGGAAUCUAUUGUGAUUUGUAAUGUUUUAGACUACUGUGGAAUGUACUGUGAUUUGCUUGAUGAUAUUAAAUGUGUUUUGAA